AUGGUUCCAUGUAAAGUAGAGCCAAUGAUUGUGGCCAAGAACAGAGAGCCAACCAUUAGAUCAGUUUCUUUAACACUCUCUGGACAAAGAGACAAUGAAAGCAUCCUUAAAGAUGAAGGCAACACUGAUUGGCUUCUGUUGUUGCCAAGACGACGGAUCGGGAUAAAAGAGAGGUGGUCCCCUCGGCGCGGAUUCUUCUCUCGCUCGUCCAGUGACUUCUGCCACCGGCUCUUCGUCUUCUCUUUUUCACCCCUGUCGCCGCAGCACGAAGUGGAUCGUUUUGUCAUUCCAGGCUGUUUCGGGAGGGGUGGAGUCACCCUCGGGGGUUUUUCUCGAAGCGCGCCACAUCGAGGGAACCGGCCGGAGUUGCCAGCGAUGGGCUGUGGGAACUCCACAGUCACCAGCGCUGGCAGCAAAGGUACUACAGCAACAUCAAAAGAAAUAACAAAUGAAUCGGUAUCAGAAGAUGACAAAAGGAGAGAUUAUGGAGGUGUUUAUGUUGGCCUACCUGCUGCAGCAGCCAAGAUUUCCAGCCAGACAAAAACAGCACCUAAAGGAACCUGACCAGAGAGAACAAUCUGGAGAACAGACUUUUGGGAGACAAGUCCUAAGGGAGAGUCAGCCCAUCAUUUUAUGAGCUUGGAGCAGAUGUGGAUCACUCAUUGCCAAGUGAAUCACACAGAAAGAUCACAUCACCUGAAAAACGUGAAAGCCUAAAAGAGCUGCAACUAUGAAUCAAGAUGAGUGCUGAAAUGAAAUGAAAUGGAUGAAGAAUCCAACUUUAUGGACAGUUUUGAUGCCAUUUAGUGCUGCAUUAAUUAGUAGAUAUAGGGCAAUACCGCCCAAGAAUGCAUGUUUGAAUAACAGUAUAGUUGUUAACACUUUGAACAACAGUCUAGUUGUUUUGCUUCCGGUAUUUUUGAUAGCUUUUUUAACUAAAAACCUUUUCUAUUGUUCACUCAAGUGUUCCUAAGCCGAUAUUACAAUACAUUAUUGAUUUACUUAAGAGUAUAAGGUUAUUUGAAUCAUAUAUUCAAAAAGUAGCUUUGGGAAUUUAGACAAGGGUUCCAAAAGACAUUGUCAGAUCCCUUUGAUUACCAGUUGCUUUUAUAUUGACUGUGGAUCUCUUACUAAGAGGUUACUAAAAAGUGAUUGUAAUUUUUCAAUGGUUUGUAUUGUUUUUUCUUCUUUCAUUUAUUCACUCAUUCCUGCUAACAUUAAAAGAAAGAAUUAGCUGCUUUCUCCCAAAUGCUUGUGUUACAUCUUCUGUUUUUCAUAAGAUUUUAGGAAAUAUAAUGGUAGGUAGGGCAGAUACCACAGCGAAACAAAUGUAGUUUGUUCUGUUGUGCUUGCAAAGAAAUUCCAGGAAAGCCUCCUUGAAAUAAAUAUUGAUUUGGAGUUGACUUGGCCCCCAGCGCAGCUGUUUUUAUUGCUAUGAUAUUUAUUUUUCAUUAUCUGAUAUUUUAAACCUUCAACCUGUAAGUUGAGGACUUCCUGCAAAGAAGCUAUAGUGUAUUUUAGGAAUCAUCUCCCCAAAUAUUUUAAUAAUUGUGUAUAUUGGUGGGGGAAAGAUUUCCUAAGGCAGGGAUGAAU